GGCUCCGUCUCCGCUGGAUGGCGCCAGUUCCGGCACGCCGUGCUGGGCUGCGGGCCUCGCCCCGACACGGAGCGCGGCGGUGCCGGCAGAGCGAGGAGCCGCUGCCGUGCCAUGAACCAAAGGCUAAGUCUUGAAAACAUGAUUCCUGCAACUGUUGACACUGUCCUGAGUGCUCUGUAUUUAUGCUGCCACAGAAAGAACUGGUUACAGUCGGAGAAGAAACACUAAGGACUCAAAUGCGCUUGCAACUAAAGUAUCCUCAUCAUGAAUAGGUAUACAACUAUCAGACAGCUUGGUGAUGGGACCUACGGCUCUGUCCUCCUAGGGAGAAGCAUUGAAUCUGGGGAGCUAAUAGCCAUUAAAAAAAUGAAGAGAAAGUUUUAUUCCUGGGAGGAAUGCAUGAACCUUCGGGAAGUCAAGUCUUUGAAGAAGCUAAACCAUGCCAACGUAGUAAAGCUGAAAGAAGUUAUCAGGGAAAAUGAUCAUCUCUAUUUUGUGUUUGAGUACAUGAAGGAAAAUCUUUAUCAGUUAAUGAAAGAAAGAAACAAACUGUUUCCUGAAGCUACAGUUAGGAAUAUUAUGUAUCAGAUCCUGCAAGGGCUUGCGUUUAUCCAUAAACAUGGAUUCUUUCACAGAGAUUUGAAACCUGAAAACCUCCUUUGUAUGGGACCAGAACUUGUGAAAAUAGCAGACUUUGGCUUAGCCAGAGAAAUCCGAUCUAGACCUCCCUACACUGAUUAUGUAUCCACAAGAUGGUACAGGGCUCCUGAAGUCCUUCUUAGAUCCACCAGCUAUAGCUCUCCAAUAGAUAUUUGGGCUGUUGGUUGCAUAAUGGCAGAAGUUUACACACUGAGGCCUCUCUUCCCAGGCGCCAGUGAAAUUGAUACAAUAUUCAAAAUUUGCCAAGUUUUGGGGACACCAAAGAAGAAUGACUGGCCUGAAGGCUACCAGCUUUCAUCCUCCAUGAAUUUUCGCUGGCCUCAGUGUGUACCUAACAACUUAAAAACCCUCAUACCUAAUGCUAGCAGUGAGGCAGUGCAACUGAUGAGAGACAUGCUGCAGUGGGACCCCAAAAAGCGGCCAACAGCGAGCCAGGCGCUUCGAUAUCCGUACUUCCAGGUUGGACAUGCUUUAGGCCUUCAAGAGCUGACGAGACAAAAGGAACUCCAUGAUAAAUCAUCUCUGCAUAUUAAGCCUGUUCCUCCAGCACAACCUCCUUCAAAAUCCCAUGCCCGCAUUUCUUCACGGUCGUUUCAGCAAAGCCAAACUUCUGAACAUUUGGUCUAUCCAUGUAAGAAAGACAACUCUGGGACUGAUCACAGUAAAUAUUUACAGGAGGACAAAUCAAACCAGGUUCAUCUGCCUGCAAUUCACAAUAAGGUUCCACAACAGGUAAAGAAAGCAUCUACUGGGACUGAGAACAUAAAUGGUGAACUUAAACCAAAAGCCAGGCGAAGGUGGGGACAUCUUGCUAGGCCAGUGAAGAAUUCUGAAGAGUGGGAUGACUUGGAAGACCUUGAUUUCAGCUCUUCUGUCACGAGGGUGGACUUGAAAAACAAAAAGAGGCAGAAUGAUGAAACUAUUUGUAGAUUUGAAAGCAUUCUGGACCUGAAGCCCUUGGAUGCAGUUGGCUCUGGCAGCAGUGCACCAUCCCAUGCUCUCUUCCCACGGCAGGAUACUCCCACACUGCAUGUUUCUGCAGCAAAGCAGCACUACCUGAGACAUUCUAGGUAUCUACCUGGAGUAAACACAAGAAAUAACGUGGUCUCCACUUCAAGCAAGGAAGUUCCAUCUAAUCCCUGGCCCAGUUCUGGUUUGCCUGGAAAAGCUUCAGUUUUAGGAGGAAGUAUUAACAGGAUAAAUUCAGGUCCUAUAGGAUCAAAUGGUCUAACUGGUGGUUAUAUCCCUUCAUUUAUGAAGAAGGAAGCAGGCUGUGCUGGGCAGAGAGUUCAGUUAGCACCAAUUGCAGAUCCAUCUUCAAAUUAUGCUCCUCUGACGUCAGCGAAACCCCAUCUUGGACGGCCACCAUUCAAUUCACCUUCUAAAAGCACCCCCGGGGUAACGCAGCUCCCACCCCCAGCUCAGCCGAUCCAUGGCCGCAUUGACUGGUCUGCGAAGUACCGAGCUCAGCGGUGACACCUGCAGUGCUCUCCCAGCAGCGCCUAUUUCCCAAAUGGUGACAGACACGUGACAGUUUUCUACUGUUCUAUAGACUUGUAAAUUUAAGAGAAGCAAAUCUUCUACGGUCGAGACCUUUCUGAAGGUCACUUUGCUUUUGUUUUUUAACUUUCAUUUGUAUUAAUUUCAAUGCAAUCUUGUACCUUUUUUUUUUUUUUUUGUAUGAACUUUUGUUAUAUAAUUGUGUCCAAUUAUUUUCAUAGAUCUGAUACCUUUUGUAUAUAUGGCUUUAAAGAUCUUGGCAUUUUGAUACGAUACAUUUUUAUAACAAACUUUUUUAAACUGUAACUUUUCCUUCAUUGGAUUCAACAUUUUUUAUAAAAACGAGUUUUUAGGAAAAAAAAAGCAAAGUGGUGCAAUAUUGUGUUGGAAGAGAAGAGUGAGGAAAGGCGCAUUCGUUACGAUGUUUUCUAAAGCUUAUGUGCUAAGUGAGACUGUUCAAUUGUGGCGAUGCCGCGUCUUGAUGCCACACUGCUGCUGUUGUGCACUCGUUUGCUUUGGACACCAAAGGAAUGAGUGAGCAACAGCCUAACGUCUCCUCUGCAGCCACUGAGAGACUGCUGGAAGUCCCAAGUCAGUGGGAAGCUUUUCUUUCUUGUAUUUAUUAUUUGAAUUUCACAAGGCUCUUGUUGGUCCACUGUCCAGCUUUCCUUUCUUUUGCUUUUACCAAAGCUGGGUAAUCUUGUUUUGUAAAGGAUAAUCAGUAGAUUGGUUUCCUGACACUGCUUGUUUGUCCUGCUUCAAAGUUACCUCUUGGUGUUGUUCUCUAUGAAAUAGAAUGUGGACCUACCUCUCUUAAAUUUCCUUAAGUGUUUCCUAAUGGCUGAUAAGGAGAAACAUCAGGUUCUGUUUUUGCUGUUGUCGGGAACAGAAGAUCCAAAUGCAUAUGUAAGGCGGUAUUGAGAAUUACAAAGCUAAAAGUAUUAGCGAGAUGCCAGCAGCAGAGUUUAAGGAAACAGUAUCUAUGCAUUUGACUUAAUUUUUUUAACUGUAUUAAUGACUCUGGGGGGGGGGGAAAGUAAAUUUGGAGCAAUUGGAUAUGUUCAAGCUUCAAUUCUUCUUCAUUUCAAUAUGUCUUCAUUUGUGAUGUGAAGAGUACAUCAGUUGCUGUAAAUUAGGCCCUCAGACUCUACUGGGUGAGAAUGAGGCCUUACGUCAGACUGCUAAAAACAAUUCAGUUUGAAGGAGAAAAUGAAUGAGUGGGUUCUAGGCAAAGGAAGGUCGUUUCUGCACUGGAAAGCAGCACCAGAGUUCAGCUAUCAGCAAAUGCUUCAUUUUGGUCAUAGUGUUUGGCUAUUCCUUCACCUCCUUCCACAGAAGAUGAGUCCUGUAGGUGAGAUGGUUACAGUGCUGUGGGAGAACGUCUUUUAUAGCUGCAUUUUUGGAUGAGCAACUUCAAAGCUGAAACGUGCUGUGAAAACACAUCGUCCCACAGAACUGUACAGAAAUGCUCAGCUUUGGGGAAACCUCAUCUAAACUCAUUUUAUGAAUGGAUUGGGCUGGUCUGGUAGUGAUGAGGUGUCUGAAGGGAUCGGAGCAGCUGUGGUUCUUGGCAUCUGGCUGCUUAGAAGGAGAGAAGUGUGCCAGUGAUGUCCUCAGUGGGAGAUCUGCAUGCCCCGUGAGGGGCACCUGCUGUGGGAUGGAGGCUGGUAACACACCCCGGCCUUCUCGGUUCGUUCCAUGAGGACACACGGGACUCAGGAAACACCUCCCCAUAGUAAGCUGCUGGCUCAGUGCUAUGGGGAACCCAGAGGGGCUCUGGUCACUGUUGGCUUUUACUGACUCAAUCCACAAGGCAAAAAGGACCAGAAGUGUCUAUGCAUUAAGAAAGCAUGUGCCUAAGACUUGCCAUGUCCAGCUACGCCAGGCAUUUGUUAAGAACAAGUGCUAACAGCAAACUAUACACAACUGCUUCCAUAGCAGCAAUAUUAAUGCAUAGCAAUGACCAUUCCAAUUCUAAGCCACAUGCUGAUGUUGUGUUUGGGUAAGUGGAAAGGGAAAUAUGUAUAUUUGUGUUAGAAACUGUAAAGGUGGUUGUUUAUGUUGGUGGAAAUAAAUAUCUGUAUUUAUAUCUAGAUAGCAUUUAAUUUAUUUUAUUUUUUGCUGAAUAAUCGAUUUAAGAGGAAAUAGCCUGAACCUAUCCUAAGCAUCCCUAGACCUAUAUAGGCAGUUUAUGUAGUCUGUUCCAUACAUACAGUUCCAAUGAAAGGAGACAAGUCAUGAGAGCACGCUGCUGAGGCUUGGGCUCAUCCUACCUACCCACAUGUGCCUGAGCUUCUUGCAAAGCAGGGAGGAGUGAGAAUCACAUCUCGAGAUGUGCAGCUGACCUGAGGACUUUCCUGGAGAUGCCCAGAUCUCUCUCUGUUAAUGAUGGGGACCGCUCCAAGUGCUUAAAGUGAUACAGGAUGAAUACAGACUCGGCCUGUGUAUAUCUGAACCUCCAUCAGCCCAGCCCUGUUUUCUUGCUUGUGGUGUUCAGUCUUGGCCAGUCCAGCAAAAGUGUUAGAAAAUGUAGGGUUUUCUUUGUUUUUUGUUUGCCACAACUCCUCCUAUCCUGAAUAAAAGCCUAUAUUCUGUGGGGAAAAAAAGCUAAUAAUUUUGACAUUCAGAAUGACUUCUGCUACUUUUAGCUUAACAAGGUGGGAGAACUGCAAAAUGGUGGUAUAUUGGCAGCACUCUUGUAGCCUUUACUCAAAGAAAGGAUGUUGAGGAUGUUCUUUUUCAGUAAGGAUUAUCCUGACUGAGUGACAUGCAUUGAGUGCAGCCUGUUGGUUACACUGAGAGCUGGACAAGCAGCAUAUCAGAAUAUAUCGUAUGUAGCCUCCUACUUUGUGUUGUAACAUUUAGCAGCAUUGUUAUGCAAAGCGUUGUUGGAAUUGUGCUGUUUGCUUCUUCUCAGCCUUAAGCAUAAGGUGUAGUAAUGACUGCUGGGAAUAAAGGAAUGUGCCAGCGGCCUCAUUCACCUCUGCCAUCCAGAUCUUCCUAAGUCUUCUGUCAGUGCCAUAAUAUUAGCCACAAUGCCACGUGUCCUGUGGUGAUUCUGUAUCUGGGUAGGGCUGUUGGUGCACAUGGGAUAUUUCAUCAGGGAAAACGGUUUUGAACUUACACGAAGAGCAUGGAAUUGCUAAAGUCAGAUUAUAAAGAAAUAACGGUUCUCGUUUAUUCAGUGUUUUUUUGUUCAAAAACGUUAUAAAUGUUUGUGUUAUUCCUUCUCUGUCAAGUCUCCUGCCCAGAAUAAAGUUACUGUCAAAGAAA